UGCAGCCUCCUCCUGGACUAAGCUCCCGCGGGCCCCGCCCACCGCAGUCCCCGCAUCCUCAUUGGCUGGUUCUCCGCCCGCCAUUCCCUUCCUGCUGCCGGCAAAGGUGCGGGUCGGUGCCCUUGCGAGCGCUGGUUGGUCUAAUCGUAAUGACGGGGCUGAGUGAAUACCAGAGAAACUUUCUGUGGAAAAAGUCGUAUUUGUCAGAGUCCUACAACCCCUCAGUGGGGCGCAAGUACUCAUGGGCUGGGCUUAGAUCGGAUCAGUUAGGGAUCACAAAAGAGCCAAGUUUUAUUUCAAAAAGAAGGGUUCCCUACCAUGACCCCCAGAUUUCAAAAUCCCUGGAGUGGAACGGAACCAUCACAGAGAAUGAUAUGGUUGUGCCACCAGAACCCCAGACCCUCCAAUCACCAAAACCACAAGAGGCAGAGGAAAAAGAAGAUGCGAGCCAGGAAAGAGCUCCCUCAUUAGAGGCUUCCAGGGUUCCCAAGAGAACUCGAUCUCAUUCUGCAGACUCCAGAGCCGAAGGGGCUUCAGACACUGCGGAAAAACACCAGGAUGUAACAAACCAUGCACUGGAUCAUGAAGUGGAGUUGGAACCUUCCACCAAACCUCUUGCGGAGAGUAUAGACCCCCGGUUGGAUAGGCAUCUUCGUAAGAAAGCUGGAUUGACGGUUGUUCCCUUGCACAAUGCCUUGAGAAAUUCUGAAUACCAAAGGCAGUUUGUUUGGAAGAUCUGUAAAGAGACUGACCCCGUGUUUGCAGCCAAUAAGGUUUUCCGUAAUAAGAGCCAAAUUGUUCCACACUUCAAAGGCAAUGCAGUUGUCCAUGAGACUGAAUAUAAGCGGAAUUUCAAGGGUUUAUCUCCAAUGAAGGAACCAAAGUUAAGAGAGGCUUUGAAAGGAAACAGUGAUCUUGAGGCAUUGUCUCCAGAGAAGAAGGCAGACGAGCCUUUAGAGUUAGAAGUAGACAUGGCAUCAGAAGACUCAGACCAGCCUAAAAAGAAGCUUGCUCCGUGGAGACACCAAAGGCUUGGCAAGGUGAAUUCUGAAUAUAGAGCAAAAUUUCUGAGCCCAGCCCAGUAUUUAUAUAAAGCUGGAGCUUGGACAUGCAUGAAGGAGAACAUGCCAAACCAGGGUUCUCUAAAUGCCAUGUGGUAUGCAGAGGUUAAGGAGCUCAGAGAGAAGGCUCAAUCUUACAGGAAGAGAGUCCAGGGAACACACUUCUCUCGGGACCAUCUGAACCAGAUCCUGUCAGAUAGCAACUGCUGCUGGGAUGUCUCCUCAACCACUAGCUCAGAAGGGGCUGUCAGCAGCAACAUCCGAGCACUGGAUCUUGCCAGUGAUCCUAUAAGCCACAAGACUCCCCAGAAACAUCCUCCUGCCAAACUAGAAGAAGAAAAAGUUGCCCUGGGAGAGAAGCUCCUGAAAAAUACCACCAGGGAACUGGCCCUGCCAGAGGCGGACACCAUUUCUGUUAGGAGGAAGCUGGCUUGGGAUGCGGAGGGCAGCAAUGAAGACAUGCAGGAGCAGCCCCGGGGAGAUGGGGACCAGGAAAGGGGAGAAGACAAGCAGAUCUGUGUGGGCGAGCUCGAGAAACUGGACACACAGGACAAGUUUAAGACAGACAGAGUGAAAGAAGGGUCCGAGUCCUUUUCUGUUUCCUCAGAAAAGGGGGGAAGGCUUCCUACUCCGAAGCUGAGAGAACUUGGCAUCCAGAGGACUCACCACGAUCUCACGACUCCAGCUGUCGGUGGGGCAGUUUUAGUGUCGCCAUCUAAAGUGAAGCCUUCAGCCCCAGAGCAGAGGAAGAGAGCAUCCUCCCAGGAUGGCUUAGACACUCUGAAGAAGGACCUUCCAAAGAAAGGAAACCACCGUCCUGUGUCUCUCCUGACUUCUCCUGCUGCCGGCAUCAAGACAGUCGAUCCCCUGCCUUUGCGGGAAGAUUGUGAAGCCAAUGUCUUCAAAUUUGCUGAGGGUACUGUUCCAGUUUCGAAAGUUCUGAAACAUCAGACAAAUACCCCUGGACAGUCUUCUACUCCUUACUGGCAUCCUUCCAGCAGGAUCCAAGGCCGUCUGCGGGACCCUGAAUUUCAGCACAAUGUGGGAAAACCAAGGAUGAACAAUUUGCAGUUACCUCCCCACGAAGCCUUUAAUGAUGAAGAUGCAGACAGACUGUCUGAGAUCUCUGCCCGCUCUGCAGCUUCCAGUCUCCGGGCUUUUCAGACUCUAGCGCGAGCUCAGAGAAGAAAGGAGAAUUUCUGGGGCAAAACAUAAACCCGUUCGUUCUCCUUAUCUGGAGACACGUUGGCAUCAUCCUUCCGUACUGCUUACUGUGUUAAGGUUUUCCGGGUGUUUGAUUUCCUUCUGACACUUCCAACUUAAAUUACUUGAUUUUUCAGUAGCUCAUCUUACCCAGAAAAUUUUCAUUCAGGCAUAUCUAAAUUUAACUCUGAGAAUUCCUUUGUACUUAUCUAAACACAAAGACGUAGAUUAUGUAGUUCUUUUGUAUCGGGUGUUGGGGGCGGCUGGUAGAAGUGUGAAUGUCACCUGUCCAGAGAAUACUCUAAAGGGAUAAAAUGAAGUCAGAAUUAAGAUCUCCCAAGUCAUAUUCGCUCAGAUUGCUUCGAAGCAUUUUUAUAGCCGUAGCUGUCAUAAAAGGAAUCUCCAUUCCUUCGAGGUUUGCUUUAGUGUUUUUUAUUAGCACCUUCUGUACACAGUGGCAGUGUUAAGGGAACUGUACUUUGAAAAUCUGGCUGUAUAUAUUUUUCUUAUUUAUGUAACACAGUUUGCUGAGAGAAUAUGUAUAUUUUUGAUCUUUUUAUGUAUCCUAUUUGUACAAUAACUGACAUACAUUUAAAUAAUGUCUAGAUUUUAACAAAUUAUUUGUGUAACGAAGAAUUAAAACUUUGUAGACAUUUAAAAAUGAAAAUUAAGUAUGCUUGGCUUCUCCAAAAUGUUAUCAUGUGGAAUAAAUGCCUUCUAGAAGCAUUCUACUAGAAUUGGCUAAUCAAAAAUUAUACUAUGUUUGCAGCUCUCAACUGCACUGAAUCUGAGUCUACAAUAUUUUUUUUUGCACAAAUACAAGGUUUUAAAAGCAGAUUAAUUAAAAAACAUUUCACAUCAA